GGCUUGGUCAUUGGUCACUCUCACACACACACUUAUUACCCAACCCGUCCAUCAACUCGCUGAGUCCUUUCUCUCCAAGUAAAUAUGGCCGGAGAAGACGACGGAAACUCGAACCAAGAAGAGCAAGACCAUCUGCACCAAACAAUCUCUUCUUACAUUGGCCUUAGCUUUUCUCUCUUCUUGGCAUCUUUGCCAAGCAACUCCUUCAAUUUUGUUCAGAAGCUUCAAUCCCAAAUCAGAGACCUCUCACUUCGUCUCUUCCACACUGAGGAGCAGCUUAAGCAAAUGAAAUCCAGGAGAAAAGAGGACUCCAAGGCCAAUGCAAGAGUUGUUGAGAUCUUUGCCAGCCACAGGAACGCAUGGCAGGCAGAAGAGAAGCGGCUACUGCAACAGAUCGACGCCGCUGGUGAGGAGAUGGCGUCACUAAGGGCCAGAAUUCAAGAUUUGCAGGGAGAGAGGGAGGAAUGGAAAGCCAGAAUUCAAGAGUUGGAGAGAGAGGUUGGUGAGAGAGAGGAGAUGAUUGGGUUUAUGUCUAGAAGUGCUGUCGCUAAUUUUGCAGCGGAGGAAGACGAAGAGGACCCAUCUGGUGGUGGCUGCGGGAACAGGGAAUGUUAUGGUUUGGAGGAGAGUUUUAAUUUUGUUUAUGAUCAGCAUCACCAUCAGCAGCAGCAGCAGCAGCAGCAGCAGCAGCAACCCGUUAAUGGAGGUUUAAGUGCCGAUUUAUUGGCUUCUCCUUAUAAGUUUUGGACUGAUAGAGCUAGUCUCUGGCAGGAUAUGCACAAUGAAUCUGUUGAAUCACUCUAUCAUAUGAAGCAUUAUGUGGCCAGAAGGGAGUCUCCAUGGAAGGUAGAUGGUGAAUCAACAGGAAUUUCCUCCAAAUUAAAGUUACUUGAACAGGAACUCCAAAAUUUGGAAAAGGUUGGCAAAACUGAUCUGUCGAAGGUUCCAGCACUGAUGAGGAAGCAGGCAAAGAGAUACCAAGCUCUUGCAGGGAAGAUUGAUGAUCUAUGUAGAAGAAUGCAAGCUAGUGAUCCCUGUGAACCAACACUUGGUCAAGAGUUCCGUACACAAAGGCAAACUGAGUUUUUGCUUGAAGCUUUUCGACUUCAGCAGCGUGCAUCUGAAACUGGACAAAAGUUGAUGGCAUUACAAACUGAGAUUGGGAAGAGUUAUUAUGGGGAUGAACUGGACAGUGAGGCCAAGCUUAGCAUGAGACGAUCUUUUGACUCCAUUAGAAACAACUUAAAGGAAGUACAGAGAAACUUAGAAAUAUGGUUGGCUCGAAUUAUGGGAGAUCUCGAAGGGAUUCUGGCCAGGGAUGGAGCCUCCCGUGCAAGGGAGUUUUAUGUUUCUAGAUACCCUUUUGUUCAGUAGAACUAACCCAAAUGUAUUUAAAGCUCUUUUUGGUAAAUAGGUUAACCUGUCUUGUAAGCCUUGAAAGCAGCAGUUGAAUAUGCUAUGGAAACCACUCAUUUCAAUAGAACUUAUUUAUAUUCCUGUUGAAGAGAUUA